AUGAGUAUCCAUUUAAUCAAAAAAUCAACUGGUAUUACAGGUUUAAAGGUUGAACCAAAUGCAAGACAUAUUUUAGCAGGUUUAUACAAUCAACUUUUAAAGAAAUUAGAAAUCCUCCCACCAACUGCAGGUUACAGAAAAUCAGCAGAACUCGAAACCAAAUUCAGAUUAGGUGUCAUUGAAAAUGAAACUGAUAUCGUUAAAAUUGAAAAUAAAAUAUAUGCUGGUCAAAUUGAAGAAUUAAUUGUUCAAGCUAAAAAUGAUUUAAAAGUUGUCGAUUUAGUCCAUGAAAGUAGAGCAUGGGAAUUACCAGACAAAAACAAACCACCAGUUGUCAUAUAUUCAAGCAAAUAA